GGCUACUUGCUUGCUUGCUUGCUUUACCUGCCCAUUACGAGAAAUCUGGUUGUAUGACGAGAAAUUGAUGCUCGCAUGCCUCCACAUUUACGCGUGGUCCUAAAUCUUCGACUGCAACUAAAGGAGCUAAUUAUAUCGAAACCCUUCAAAUGUAUUUAUUUAUUGUAUAGAGGAAUAAUCAAUAAUCAAAGUUGAGCCCCGUGAUAAUGAAAUAGAAAUUAACGAAAUACACCUUAAAAAUAAAAUCUAGAGUAACUUUCACGUUUUUACUUUACAACGGUCAUUUAAUAGAUGCUUGAACUCUUGGCACAGAGGCCUUUAAUUUUAGGUCUGCCUACAGAUCAUUCCAGGAGUGGGGGCAUGAGCUACCUCCCGCCGGCGUACAUGACUCUUAUCUUUGUGUACGGGACUCUGAAGAAGGGUCAACCCAACCACUUCCGGAUUCAGCCAGACCAGGCCAAUGGGAAGGCAGAGUUCUGUGGCCACGCCCGCACCGUAGAACGUUACCCCCUGGUGAUAGCUGGGAAUUACAACAUCCCCGCGUUGCUGAACCGUCCUGGAGAGGGCCAGAGGGUCCAGGGGGAGGUGUACAAGGUGGACAACACCAUGCUGGCCUUCCUAGACGCCUUUGAGGGCUGCCCCAGCAUGUACCAACGCACCCUAGCCCAGCUAGAGCUGCAGGACUGGGAGGGAGGAGAACAGAGCCCCACAGCCGGCAGCAUAAUGGAGGCAUUCGUCUACAGCACCACCUCCUACCAGCCUGCCUGGCUCAAACAGACCUUCUAUGAGAGCUACGAUGCCUAUGGAGACCACGGCCUGACCUACAUCAACAGGGAUGACAAAAGGAGAACAGGAUACGGCUUUUAGAUUUGAUGACCUGGAACUGCUGUUUAAUUAGAAUAGCUGUUUUAAUAAUCAGCUGUCAUAUUAGCCCAUAUCUGAAGAUAACUACAUUCUUAAAGCAACGUUAUAAUUGUAAAUAAUGCAUACAUUUUUAUAACAUGCUAUAUGCCAGAGAUGGUUUUAAAGGGUGUAGGCGACUUUCCUUUGCUUCUUCUCGUCAGUGAUAGUUUACAAGCAGUUUGGUUGUACUGUCAUUCUACUGUCGUUUCACUGCUCUGUCAGAGUUGUGUGUGUUUUAAAGAUGGUAGCAAAUAAAGUAAAUGAGUACAUACUGCUACAGGGCAUACUGUCGUUAAGUCUGUUAACGUAGAAGCCAGUCAGUCAAUGUGCAAAGUCCUUGUUCUUUCCAUCGGUUAUACAAUGACAUGUAUAUAUUAGCUGCACAUUUAUUCUUGUACAAAAGCUAAAUAAAUGUUCAUGAGCAGA